GCCAAUUCUCAUAAGCUACGGCGAGGUCAGGCAGACUCCGGCCGGACAAGUUUCCCGGCGCCAGAGCAGAGCAGAAAGAAAGCCAGCGAGGCGGCAGCAGCGUCGUCCAUGUCGGUGGGCAGCAAGUCGUUGCCGGCGCGCCGCGCCGACGAGGGAGGGGAGAGCGGCGACGGCGCCGUGGUGAGGGACGACGAGGGGGGCGGUGGCGGUAGCAGGACCAGGAAGCAGAAGGCGGCCCGGUACGGCCGCUGCUUCUCCGGGCUGGAGCUCAGCAUCGGGCCGGCGCCGUUGAAGGACGUGGACGCCGGGAGGCUCAAGGACCAGAUCAGGAGGUGGGCGAAGGCCGUCGUGGCCUUUGCGCGCCAGAUCAGCUUCGGCUCGCCGCGGUCCGCGACCACGUCCGGCGGCGGCGGCAACACGCCGCGGUCGGCGUCGGCCACGUUCCCGGCGGCACCCAGCAGGUCCAGCCGCCUCGGUGGCAGCAAGAACGACGAGCCUCCGUCCGACAUGAGAGCUUGAUGGACAAGACUUGGCCUGCCCCCUGUACAUAUAACAAGAAUUUACAAAGAAUGAGGUGCCGUAGCACGACUGCACGAGUUUGAUUUAUUCUUUUUUUUUUCCUUUUCUUCAUUCAUCACAAACAAAAUAAUUUGAUUCAUUCUUGCUUAGUUUCCAUAUGCUUCUUUGUUUCCCUUUAUCACGUUGUUGCCAAUUUCAACUUUGUUGGCUAUACUCUUCAUCAUCCAUUUCUUGCCCUAGCUGGCAGCUCUUUAUUUUCUUCGAUCACUCUUUUUCUACUUUUCAAUUGUACCUAAGAGACUAGUCCACGUACGCAAUAGACUUAUUAUCAUAAUACCAUGUAAUAUGUUUGACUUGUAAUAAGAGGUAACUAUAUUUGGCUCAAUAUUCGUAAUGUUGCGUUCCUUAA